AUGAAACAUACACACUCUAUAUGUGCAUUUGCAACAGCAUCGGUUGUUCUAACAACACUUGCAGUUGAAUGUCUGCAUCAUUUCGUUUUGAAGGACAGGACGUUUUUUGAGUUUAUCCGAGGAGACGAAAGAGAAAUACAUACACCAAAGAAACUGAACAAACUCAUCAGGACGUCCUCAAAUACAGUCCAAAAUGUUCCAAGUGAGUAUUCCGAGGACUUGAUUCAAGAGCAGCUUACUAGGAACUAUUCCUUUCUGACAGACGCUGGUAUGGAGAAGAUCCGUUCCCUGAGAGUUGUUGUUGUUGGUGCCGGUGGUGUUGGGUCUAAUGCGAUUGUCUCUUUAGCACGGUCUGGAGUGUCACAUUUACGUAUUGUUGAUUUUGAUCAGGUUUCACUUUCAUCGUUGAAUAGACACUCAUGUGCUACAUUAAAAGAUGUUGGGCGUAGUAAAGUUGAAGUUUUGGUUGAUUUUAUCACCUCUAUUGCACCGUGGGCAUCAAUGGAAGGUAUAAAUGAGCUCUAUAGUAUUGAAAAAUCUGAGAGAUUAUUAGGUGACUUCCAAGACGGCCAUUCCCCAGACUAUGUCAUUGACUGUAUUGACAAUAUCGAUACCAAGGUUGAUCUUUUGGAAUAUUGUUACAGGAACAAUAUCAAGGUUAUCUCGUCAAUGGGUGCAGCAUGUAAAUCCGACGCCACCAGAAUCAAUAUUGGAGAUAUAAGCGUGUCGGAUGAAGAUGCGCUUGCACGUUCUGUUCGUCGUAGGUUGAAGAAGAAAGGUAUUAUGAGAGGUAUAGUCACUGUAUUCAGUGCAGAGAAGCCAGAUCCUCGUAAGGCUUCACUGUUACCCCUACCUGAAGAGGAAUUUGUCAAGGGUAAUGUUGAUGAGCUGAGUGCGUUACAGAACUUCCGUGUUCGGAUCUUACCAGUACUAGGUACGAUGCCGGCUAUGUUUGGACUUGCUAUCUCCACGCACGUAAUCACAGAGGCUAGUGGCUACCCUGUUGAACCCGUCGAAGGUAAAAACAGGUACAAAGUUUAUGAUUCGUUAUUGCAAAGUAUUGCAGGCCAGCAAACAAGACUGGGCAUCAAGGACCAACGGACCCCUUGGCUGGGAUUGUCGGAUGUUCAAUACAUUCUUGAAGAGGUCUGGAGAGGCAAAUCGCCAGUCAGUGGGUUAUCUACGCGUCUUUCUCUCUCGAGAUGGGAUAUGAAUAGAGAACUCGGUCCUCAGAACUGUGUCUUGUUGACAAAGGAGGAACAGCGUGUACAUGAGGAACGUGUCCUACUUGGCGGUGAACGGCCAGAAGAUGUCUACCCACCACAAGUCAUUGAGCGUGUUGCACAUAGAUUUGCUGAGGAGGCUUACUAUGCCAAGUUCAGAUAA